AUGUCCUGGAAAGUGGGCGCGACAUCAGCUCUUGGCGACGGGCGCAAACGACCUCGUCAAUCGACUAGGCCGCCUCAUGAGCCGGAACACAUCUCGCACACCGGCUCGUCCUACAGCCUUGAUGAAGGCACGAAAGGCGGACGCCUUUCAGGAGCAUCCGCCAGUCCUCAGACGGGCGAUUCUCUAGAUCUACUGCCUUCCGAUCAUGUGAGUCCACAUCAGAGUGCCGAUAUCACUUCAAGAUUGCAGUAUCGCAACACUGAUACGUUUGAUCAUGCUCGAUAGGAAUACGACGCAGACUCGGAUGCGGACGGCGAGGAUUUCGAAGGGGCGCCUUCCAAAAGGCAAGCUCUACAUUCGCGCGGGCUUUUUCUUCGCGAUGAACGACCUCCUCGUAAGAGGCCUCACUUGUCCGCUGAAGCAGAGGUGGAAUUGGGACGCAACUUGAGCGGCAUGUCCUUGUGUCUGAGCCCAAAUUUGCAAGUCACAGAGGAGCCCAUACCUCUGGCCCCGCCAAGCUCUCCGACAAAAGAUCACUCCACCUCAGUGCACUUCAGCUCCAGCUCCCAAGUGGAUCUCUAUCCCUCGCAGGGCUCCACGAUGUAUCCAUCCAGCAGCGCAUCAGCGAUGAUUGGCGACAGUCAUAGCGCCGAACAGACGACGCUUGACGAUGUAGCAAUGAAGAUCAGACGAGGACCCUCCAGCUACGAGGUGGAAAAAGAUCGGGUGGUCGUAACCACAUUGAGUGACACUUCAUCCGAUGGGUCAGUCAGCGAAUGCGGCGAGAAGAUCAGCGCAGAAGCAAGGUCGACAGAAUCGCAAGCGGGGGCGCUAGCAGAGGAUGGAAGCGUUCGAGUGCAUCCAAAGUUGCUGUCCAAGCUGGAGGACUUGCAAGCCGCCUUGGUCAGGGACAGUGCGGCUGCUAGAUUGGGGCUGCACGCAAGACAAUGGGGGAAGAGACGCGUCUCUCCCUUGGGCGGGAGCGUCACAGGAGCUCCCGGAGCAAGAUCACAAUCGGUCUCUCCAAGACCUACCUCGCCGACGAAUACCGUUCUACCUUCGCGAGAGGAAAGCACAGCUGCUCUGAUAUUGUGGAAGAGGCCCGAGGACUUGCUCGGGACCCCCACCGCUGGCGGCUCGUCUGCCAAGUCUCACGAAACCUCUGAGAGGCAACAACAUCCAGCAGCGUCCUUCUCUUUCGUAUCGAAGGCCGCAGCACAUCUGCAGCAGGUGGAGCAUUCAGAGUUCGAUGCCGCGUCGAACAGCGCUGCUCCCAAUCCAUACCAGCACCUUGGCACUUCACCGCUCCACUGGCCCACUCCAACAAGCUCCACGGAGGCAGCCACUCAUCAAAACUCACCCAGAUCUACUCUUUCUGCCACAUGUUCAACCGAAAAGCUCAGCGAUGCCAUGGACAUCGAUUGA